AGAUUCUCUUAACAUACUUUGAAUAUAUUAGACACGGAUAAAUGGCCAGUUGAUGCAGCCCCUGUUGGCCAUUCAUUCAAGUUUAGUUUAAUGAGAAUGGAAAUGAAGAGUAAUUUCUUGUACUUGGCGGUGCUGAUACUCGGCCACCUCCUACUGCCUGGCUUUUCCACGGUAGAAUCACCACCGUACACGGUGGCGCACUUAGGUCCAGAUUACGAGAUUAGACUCUACAUGGAAUCCUCCUGGAUGUCUGCUCCUGUCCAAGGAACCUCCUUUGAAAAAUUCACUAAACAAGGCUUCCACAGGUUGUACCAAUACCUCCAUGGGACUAACUUAAACUCUACUCAACUUCCAUUUACGGCUCCAGUCUUGACAAGCAUUACUGCUCCAAUACAGGGGACUCUGUACUUGGUGAAGUUCUAUAUGUCUGGUAAGAAUACUUCUCCACAACCUAAUCAAGAACUGGAUUUGGAGCUGGAGAAGUGGAGACCACAGUGCGUUGCGGUUAGAAAGUUUUCUGGGUUUGCAAAAGAUGAUAACAUUAACGAAGAGAAAGAAGCUCUUGUGUCCAGUCUUAACAAGCAAUAUUCAACUGGAAAAAACAGACUGGGAAAUGACGACUCCUUCAGCGUGGCCCAGUACAAUGCCUCGCAUCACCUCUCCGGCCGCCUGAACGAAGUGUGGAUGCCUGUCCAAGAUUUCACUGCAGAUGGAUGCCCAACUUCUUCUCAUGGGGAAUAGAUGCUUUGUUAUGGCUAUGCAGCAUUUCGGAGAAAAUCGAAAAUGUAUGCUUGCUUGCUGAACAUAAAUAACAUGUCCUAUAUGAACGAA